AUGAUAUCCAUCGCCUUCCUACUCUCUUUGGUAUAUCUCCCUUACCUAGCUUGGCUCCACUGCAAGGUGGACAAUAUCUCAAGUCUUGUGCUGGAAAGAGUCGAAACCCCAAUCUGUGCACCUCAAGGUGCCAUCCCAGAACCGAUUCAACAAAUGAUGCCUAACCAUCGAGAUGCGAUUGUGCAGCAAGAGCCUCAGCAUCAGCAUUUCGUAGAAAUCUCUUAUCCAGAACUCGCUUCCAAUGAACCUGCGGAAGAUACCUCCCCUCAGAGCAUACUCUGCAGUAUCGAGACUAAAAGGUUUUCCACAGCCGUUCGACGACUGUACAAUGUGGCUAGUCAGGACCACUUCAUGCUACCUGAUGAUCUCGAUUGGGAUAAAUUCCAGCAAGCACUAAACCUGAGUGUGAUGGUCAACACACCUGAGACUGGAAGACGAUUAUUGAAGAAUUUUCGAAUGAUAUCAACUAUAGGUAAACAUAAGAAGGCACAAGCUGUCGCAGCUUCAUCAUUUUGGAAUACCGAAACUUAUGAUAAGGACACAUUGAUGGCUUUACCCGACAGGUGGGCUUGGGCUUAUAUGAAUGCUUUACAUACUUGCGAAUACGCGUGGCCUAAUGUGUAUGAGCGAAGAUUCUGGAGAUGCGUCUCUGCAGCUUUUUUGGAGGAACUAGCUCCCGUAGGUAGUUGA